AUGUUAUUCAACUUACCUCUUAAAUAGACAAGACAUACAGAUAUAAUCAAACCUAUAGAAUAGGCUAUUCUAAAUUGCUAUGGAGAAGCUACACUAUUCACUGAAGUAAUAAUAAUAUCCAUAAAUUACAGAUUAGGGAUGUAGUAGAAAAAACAUAAAAAUUGAGAUAAAAUUUGGAUUAUGAAAAGAUCAAUUUGAGUAUUGCCACUGACCCUUAAACAUCAGAAAACCUAGAGAAUAAUGUAAUUGAAUAUCUAAAGAACUUUUCUUUACUCUUCAAACAUUUAAGAUUUGAACAAGGUGAUUAAAGAUCACCAUAAGUUAUGUUCUAUUGGAGUGACAGCUAUGAUCAUGUAUUUAAUUAUUUUACUAUGAUUUUUAGAAAAGGAGCUGCCAAUUGAAUUCUGGCAGAUUAGAAUUAAUAUCUUAAUAUUACAAUUUGAUAAUUGCUUACUAUUACCAAGCUAAUAGUAAGAUUGUUAAAGAUACAGACCCUGAUCGUAAGGCAGCAUAUACAAAACUUAGAAAUGGAUUAUGGGCUUUGGAUUAAUUAAAACAAAAUAUUCAUGGACUAUCUAAAGAUUCUUUAUCAUAAUUAUAUGAUAUUACAACUUUAAAUUUAGAAUUCCUAGAACAUAUUGUAAUUAUAAAUCUCUAAAAUAGUUCUGUGGAUUGGCUUAUAAAGCUUUAUAUUAAAAUAUGAUGUCACAAGUGAAGACUUUUGGACUUAAUAAUGUUUGUGGUACAAUCUUUGAGGCAGCAAAAGAAUUUACUAUUUCUUUAAAGGCUGUUGAGGGAAUGAAUACUUAAUAUUAGAAGCAAAUUGGAAAAGUAUUUUAAAUUCUAUAUUAAUUUAGAAUAUUCUUUCUCAAAUUCUACCUAUGGUUUAAUUUAACUAAAUAUGGACAACUGUUACUGGAUGUCUUUAGAUGGGUAUUUUUCAUUACGGAAGAAUAUCAGAGGAUUCUAGAGGAUAAAAUAUGGGAAAAGCUUUGGGGUUUUUAACUAGAGCAUAAUAAUUAUUAUCACCAAUUAUUAAUGAUAAGAAUGCCAGUAAGACAUUCUCACCUGAUUAACUUGAUUAAUUAAAACAAUUGAAUUAACAAUUAACUCAAUUGUUUACUGAAUAUAAUUACAAGAAUUAACAAAUAUACAAAGAAUAAUUAGUUGCUUAAGAUUUGUUACCAUAUCCUCCUUUAAUGGAAUAAAUUAGACUAAAACCACUUGAACCAGCUAGUUUCAAAGAACCAAUUUAUGGAGCAAAUAAAUUUUAAGGUUUUGUAUCAGAAGAAGCUUUAUAAUUGUCAAGGGAGAUUAAGAUAUUUGUAGAAUCAACCAAAUAUUCCCUUGAAGAAUCAUUAAGAUUGUUAUUUGAUUAAAAAAGUCAAGCAUAUGCAGAAAAUUAUGUAACUUAUUUUAUAGAUAUGGCACAAUAAAAACAACUUAUAUAAGGAGGUAUACCUUAGAGCAUCUAAGAAAAAAUAGCAUAUAUAAGAAGUAGAGGAUGUUUGAAUGGAAUUGAAAAGAUAAUUGAACAAGCAAAAUAAGCAUCUAUCACUUGCAAUUAAUUGUUAGGAUAAAUUGAAUAAUCAUUAAUGAAUGAAUAAUAAUAAGAUUAAGAUAAUAAAAAUAAAUAUGGUACUAAAUGGACAAGAAGUCCUUCAGCCUAAUUAAAUUAAUAAUAUUUUAAUUCUUUAAAAGAGCUCAAGGCUAAAUACUUAUAGGCAUAAAAAAUUGAUUUUGAUGUAAUGAAUGGUUUUGAGAAAUGUAAAGAAACUGUUAUACUUGCUGCUUAAAGUGAUUAAGUUAUUAUUUAAUAACUUCCAAAAAAUAAUAAUAAUUCAGAUUUUGUUAAUCAAAAUGCUUAAUUUUUUGGGUAAUUGACAUCUUUAGAUUAAUAAGUCAACUCUAUUGUUGAUUAAUUAAAAAUGAUUAUUUAAUAGUAUAAUCAAGUAAUGCAAGAAAUAAACUUUACUAAGAUUGCUGUACAUGGAUUAAAUGAAGGAAUAUCUAAAGAUUAAGUUUUUAAUGCUGCACUUUAAAAUGUUUAAGGUCUCAUUGAAUAAUUUAAUAAUAAUGUAAAUAUUUAAUUAAUCUCAAGAUGAAUCAAGUCUCAGAAAUUAUCUCACAAGUAUGUGGAAUUUCCAGAGAACUCUCAACUCUUAAAAAAUAAUCAUCUGAAUAAGUCUAAUAAUCUGGAUAGACUAAUAUAUUUGCAAGUGCUUAAUAAGCUAUUGACAAUAUUGAUCAUUCAGUUGUUUUCUAUGAGUAUUAAUAAUUUUAUAUUUAGGUAAUUGAAAAUGCAUUUAGAAGAAUAAGAUAGAAAAGUCAAGGAUUUCUUAAUGGCAAGAAAUAUGGAAUCAGAGUAAUUAGUAUAAUAAUUAAAUUAAUAAUAAACAUAUUAAUAAUCCUAAUAACAUCAACCUAUACAACCACAAUAACCAUAAUAGCCAUUGUAAUAAUCAGGAUAUCAAUAUCCUCCUUAUCCAAAUAAUCCUUAAUAUCCUUAAUAUCCAUAAUAUCCAUAAUAACCUAAUUAUCCAUAAUAACCUAAUAUUCCAUAAGGAAAUCCUCCUGUUGCAUACCCAUAAUAAAUGCCUUACCCACCUUAAUAAUACCCAUAAUAAUAGUAAUAAUAAUAUCCAUAUGGUUAAUAUCCAUAAUAAUAAUAAAAUUAUGGAAUGUGGGGUUAAUAAUAAAAAAAAUGAC